AUUGCCAAUGCGAUAAAAGCGAAUGAAGACGAAAUUCGAAAUACAUUAUAUACUAUGUUAAUGAGGGGGCUGUGGGGGGGCUGGGGGCCCCCAUUUAUGACAAUGGCAAAAGUUCUGAAUUCUCGGCUGGUGGGCAAUCGCCUUUCUGAUUAGCGUCAGCACAGAAAUUAAAAUGUUUAAUCUACGUUGACAACUCUUGCUGCUUGUUUUUCGUCCCAUUCCCCCAUUGCCCUAUCAAAAACCAAUAUAAAUAUAAAUGCUAUUUGCAAAUGGGGGCCUAAAGUACGGCUGAUAGCCGCUGAUACUGGUUGGGAUGCCUUUGCCACUUGCCAAGACAAGUUUUGCUUAUUUCUAAAAAGGAACUGGAUUUAAACUCAACGCAAUUAAAAUUUAACAGUUGCCCAGCGGUCAGUUGUCAACCCUGCAUUUAACGCGUUGUGCAACACUGCCAAAUUCGAAUUUCAAAAUUUACACGCGCUCUAAGAGGUUUCUUUAUUUUAAAAUUAGGAGUGUGUAAGAAUGUAAGCCACAUAUUUGGUUUUUAAUAUAUUUCUUAGUUGGUUUUUAAGGUAAAUCAGUUUUUUUUUUAAUUUAAAUAUUAUUAAUACCUUUAUUUCAUAACUAUUUCCUUGCAAAAACUUGGCCAAUUCCAUCUCCAAACCAUUUUCCCCAUCAGUAGCUGCCGGAACAUGGGAAAUUAUUCGUGUAUUUACGUCAGUAAUCGGCAUCUUCUGUUCUUCAGCGGCUUGUCAGCCCCACAAUCUUCAAUUAAACACUACGAGUUGUUCGACACCGGGCGACAAGCAACCGAUUCCGGGUAAUUUUUCAGAUCGGAGUCGCGUACAAAAAGGUAACCGAUGACGGAUGCCCCUUGACAGUCUCAUUUGGCCCUCAGCCACAGCCACAUAGGCGGGGAAAAAUUUUGUAUUCAAAAUAUAAUAGUGCCUCUGUUUUUUCGAAUUCGAUUUGAUGCGAGCAUGAAAUUCAAUUUGGUGCAGACACUGGUCUUCACUUUGUGCCUCAUAAGCGUGCAAAUAUACGGCAUUCAAGAUGCCAGUGGGAAGCGGAUCGUGAGCAAGUAUGAGCGGAUAAUGCAGAUGUAUCCCCAGCUGUCCUCAGGCGCAGGCGAGUCCUCGCAGUGGCGGGCGGCCGAGAAGGAUAACAAGCGGCAUCCUUGCAGACGCGACUGUGCGGAUAACCAGCCGAUGACCUGCUACUACUACAUGGUGGUGCACUAUGACGAUACGAUGGCGGAGACCUGCAAGCGAUACCUCCAGACAAAGUUCCGCUUCAAGCUGAAUGGCAAGGAGUAUGUGGACGGCAUCACCCUGGCGGAUCAGCUGGCGGCGAACGACGACUGCAAGUACGCCGAUGGACUGGAGAGCGAGGUGAUGGUGGUCAAUGGCCAGCUGCCCGGGAUGAGCAUCGAGGUGUGCCACGGCGACACCGUGGUGGCGGACGUGAUCAACAGCAUGCACGAGACGACGACCAUUCACUGGCACGGGAUGCAUCAGCGGCUGACGCCGUUCAUGGACGGGGUGCCCCAUGUGACCCAGUACCCCAUCGAGGCCGGUCAGGCCUUCCGCUACCGCUUCGAGGUGGAUCAUGGGGGCACCAAUUGGUGGCACAGCCACACGGAGCACCAGAGGGCAUUUGGGCUGGCGGGUCCACUGGUGGUGCGCAUGCCACCCAAACGGAAUCCCCAUGCCCAUCUCUACGACUUUGAUAUGUCGGAGCAUGUGAUCAUGAUCCAGGACUGGGUGCACAACUUCGUGGAGAGCGUGGCCGAGAAUAUCCUGAUCAACGGCCGGGGCAGGAACCUCAAGAAGGGCGUUAAGGCCGCCAAGCCGACGCUCUACGCCCACUUUCCGGUGGUCAGGGGCGGGCGCUACCGCUUCCGGGUGAUCUUCAAUGGCGUCUCCAACUGCCCCAUCAGCCUGAGCAUCGACAACCACGACCUGGUGGUGAUCGCCAGCGAUGGCAACGACAUCGAGCCCGUGGAGGUCCAGCGGAUCAUGUUCCAUGGCGCGGAGCGCUUCGACUUUGUGCUGCACGCCAACCAGGAGGUGGCCAACUACUGGAUUCGGGUGAAGGGCUACAGCUUCUGCGCCAGGAACCAGUUGCACCAGGAGGCGGUGCUGCACUACCGCGAUGCGGAUCCCCGGAAGCUGGACGCGCACACCCUGAGCUAUGCCUACGAUGCGCCCGGGAAGACCCUGAAUGAGCUGGGCGACGAGGCGGGCGGUGGCAAUAGCAUAUCCCUGGCCAGCCUCAACGCCCAGCGACCGGAACCGGAAGUGCCGCCCGCGGUGACCUUCUACACCAGCAUGAACGCCUUCGAAGUGCGCCAGGGCGAGGGCUUCCGCUUCCAAAUGGACGACAUUAGCUUCAACAUGCCCAAGAUGUCCCUGCUGCAGACACGCAACCUGGGCGUCGGCCAGUUCUUUUGCAAUCGCUCCCAGCAGGCGGAUCUCGGAUUCAAUUGCCGGCAGCGCCACUGCCAGUGCUCCAAUGUCAUCCAGGUGCCGGCCAAUCAGCAGGUGGAGUUCGUCGUCUCCAGCCUCUCGCAGACGCCGCAUCCGAUACACCUGCAUGGCUACACAUUCCGGGUGGUCGGGAUGGGGGUGCUGGGCGAGCAGAAGAUCGGCCAGAUCGAGCAGAUCGACAAGAAGACUCCGUUGCCGCGACGCGGAAAGGGUGCUCCGCUAAAGGACUCCGUCCAGGUGCCCGCCUUCGGCUACACGAUAUUCCGGUUCUACUCCAACAGUCCCGGCUACUGGAUGUUCCACUGCCACAUCUCCCCGCACUCGGAGAACGGCAUGGCCGCCGUCGUCCGGGUGGGCGAGGAUGUCGAGAUGAAGAUGUGCCCGGUGAGCAACUGCGGACUGUGCAGUUCCGUGGCCUAGACUUACAUAGUCCUUUGCGAGACCCAAAAAGUUACCCCUCAUGUGGACAAUAAAAGCGUUACCUUUAAGCUGGCAUUUCAAAUGGAUUGAUUUUGAGCGGGCCACUCUGGGCAGAAAUAUGAUUUCAAAUGUUACUGUUAAAAGAUAAAAACCAAAAUGUCACCAUCAAUUUAAUAUUGCCAUAAACGUAUUGAUUUUA